UCAGAAAUGAGAAGAAAACAUUUUUUUUCAAAUUUUCUGCGUUAUUUUGAACUAAAUGUGACGAACUCGAGUACAUAAUUAUCAAUAUUAGUAUAUUUUAGUAGCUACUUAAUAUUGAGUUAUUUUUUCAGCUCCGAUCUGCUCUCUUUUAAAUUUCCAGCAAGUGAGCUCUCGUUUCGAAUGAUUUUUGAGAGUUGACCCCGUUAUAACGGCACGAUAAAUAUGAAUUGUAUCCAGAAAACAUAGACACAAUUCCACUUUAGUACUGUAGCGGUUCGUAGUUGAUACAAUAGGCUCACGCCCAAUGAAGAAAAUAUUUCAUACCUUUUAUAUUUCACUUGCAACAUUCUGGUCAGAUAUGUUUGAAAUUUUACAUAUAGGUCAUUUUUUUAGAGAACGAAAAACUUUUACAAUUUAGAUCUAAUAUUACCUUGCUGAUACGAAGCCUACAAUUUUGGAAAUUAUAGAAAGUACUCAAUCAUAGAUCAAUAUUCAGUUUUACAGAUUUCUUCAUUUUCGAGCAUGUUUCGACCUAGUUUCAGUAUAUACGAUUUUGAAGCAUUUUCAAUAGAAAUUGAAAAACUUUUUAGUACAAACAUUUUUAGGCUUACAGCCAAAGACAUCUGCAGAAAAUUUCAAUGCAACAAAAUUUUGAGUAAAGAAAAAAACAUUCAUCGAUAAUAUAAAAAUUUUCAUAGCCUUGGUAGUACCGAUGCUGCUUUGUUGCUCUGCAAGAGACAUCUAUCGUAAGAAAUGAGCACUUUCUUAAUUGUAUGCCACAUUUAAACACAAAAAGAAAAGAUUAUAUAAAUUGUGUCUUUGUGUCUAUUAACCAAACGGUAAGUUUAUAAAAAUCAUGAAAUUUAGAAUGAGUAAAAUGAGGCUAAUACGAAAAAUGGUACACGUUAAAAAUCUCUAAUGUUCAGCUUAUCAAACAAAAUCAUAAAUUUUUACCAAUAGCAGAUAUCAAAGCCUAAUAGUUACCAAUUGAGCUUAAAACUUUAUCGUUACAGAUUAUUCUUGAAUUUCUUUUAUGUUUUGGAUAUUAAUAUUUUUAUUCUGUUAUCGUGGUUCUCAACAAAAAUUACUAGUAAAUAAAUUCGAUUGAAAAAAUACAUUUUCUGAAAGUACGAAAUAAAUUGUACACCCGAAGAAUUAUACAAAAAAAGCGCCAGACACAAAUAAAUACGCGAUGUAUAUAACAUCUCAAAAAGUUUCAAUUUCACGGAAAAGUUAAUUACAUUUCAAUUGUAACGCAAAAUCAAUAAAUAAAUGAAAUUGCUAAUUUAAAAUUAUUUGUGAUUAAAUAGAGAUUUGAAGUAUUUGAAGUCGUUCAAUGUUCUGUUGACACACCCAACAAGCGCGUAUUCUUGAACCUAUUAGUUGAUUCAGAGUUUACUUUUUUUCAAACGGUCAUGUAAUAGUACAAAAUUAUAAAGUAUGGACGGAAAUAAUCUUUUUUGUAAUAUCAUUUACAUUUGUUAAACAUUUUUCUGAAAUUGAGAAUGACCGAUAACAAAAGGACAAAUGCUUUAGUGUUUUCAACUUAGAAACAGUCAACAAAAUCAGCAACUUAUUUAUUGUUAUGACAUUUGCGCAUUGACAAGUUUGAAAAGAUGAAUAAAUUACAAAUUUCAUGAAUCCUUCUGCCACCUGUUGACUCUGGACAAGAAGGCAAAAAAAAACCUAUUCAUUUAUUACUUUGUGACUUAUUUCUGCGUAAUAAUGAAGGCAGAAUUAGAAAGCAAGCGUGAGCCGCAUAUGCAACAUACAAGUGGAACGCAAAUAGCUCGUGGGAAAAGUCGCGUACAUAAUAAUAUUCAACCGUGUGAGUGUUUUGUCAUGCCAUUCAGAUGCAAGAUACGUACUGAUUAUUGCAGCGGCGGUAUUUCAUUUUUUCAUUAACGUUUCGUUCGUAAUACCGGUAUAAAUAGAUAUACACACCAUUGUGCUAAUGGCGAGGCACGUUUUUACAAUAAAAAGAUAGACUUGUUGAUUUUCUAGGAUGUAGGUGAUGUUGUUACCUCAGCACUGUCGUAUACAUGGUAGGGAUGACAUGUUUCGUUAGUACACGGCAUAAGCUCCAAGCAGGUACUUCUUAUACAAAAAAUGUUUAGUACAAGCUCGAGCUCUAGUGAUAAUGAGUAAAAGAGUUUCAGUUGUGAGCAGUAGCGUGGACACUCGCGGGAGGAAAAAACGUUAAAAUCCCCGCAUUUGAUGUAUAAAUUGAAAAAAAAAAGUUUUAAAAAAAGUUUUCGGAAAACAACGACUUCGAUUUUUUUUGCGGGCGCAAGUGGCAUAAUAAAAUGGUUAGAUCGUAUAAAAGAAAAACAAAUCGGGUCUCCACGCCUCGGAAUAUUAUAGUGCUUGCCAUGAAGCAAGUAAAAUUCGAAGGGUGCACUAUGCGCCAUGCUGCUGCGGAAUUUGGUAUUCCCUUGAGUAGUUUGAGUAGAUAUUGCGCUCAAAUGAAUAUUAAAUCUCAAAAAGAAAUUCCAGAAAAUGAAAUCACUAUUGGAUAUUGCAGACCGAGAGCGGUGUUUUCAAUGGUACAAGAGUCCAAUUUAGCUCAGCACGUCAAAAAGUCAUUGAGAGUACAAUCCCGAUUAUCAUCUGUGAAAAUUCGUAGAUUAGCUUAUGAAUAUGCCACUGCUCUUGGACUAAAUUUACCGACCAACUGGAAAAAAGAUUAUAUGGCAGGACGUGACUGGUUAAUGGGAUUUUUGAAAAGACAUGGAUUGAAGACCAUUUCUAACUUAGGAAACGAUACAUCAACAAACGCAGAUGAAUUGACACUCAUAUUUAACGAUUUGAGUUAUAUAGAACAAGUUGACGUUGAUCUAGAAGAUAUCGAAUUAGCAGAAUCACUUAUGCAAGAUGAAAUGAUUGAAAAUAUAAAAAUCGACGAAUUGUUGAGUCAAUUUAUGUGUUAGUUUAAUUUUUUAAUUCCAGUUGAUAUAAGUUUUAAUUUAUAAAUGCUAGUACGAAUUAUGUCAAGUUUCCGAUAAAUAGUGCAUUUUAUUCGUAAUACUUAUAAAUCAUUACAGGAUCAAUUGAUAUGUGCCAUUUUGCUAUACGCGAGUAGUUUAUUUUUAUAAAACUUUAUAUCUUCAUGACAAACCGAUGCAUGUUAAAACAUAUAGAAGUGUGUUAUUCUUGUAUAUUACAUAAUUAUUCUAAAGAGCUGCCAACGUCGUUUUUUAUUUCUUAUACAACGAAUAUUGGAUCCACAAAGCUCAUUAUUUCAUUUUUCAAUUUGAUGCAUAUAUACUUAAUAUUUAUAAUGCUCAACAUUUUAAAAUAACUGAUACGUAUGAAUCUAUACUGUUAAGUAAUAUAUGAAAAAGGACAUAACUAUUGUCAACUACUAUUGUGAAUAAUUUAAAUGAAGUAUAUGAUCAUAUAUUUAAACUAAAGACAGACCGGUGUGUAUUGGCCCACCGUUCUGACUCCCGAUUACUUAUGAAAACUCGCUGUACUCUAUUUACUUAUUGUCCCUUUUAUGUAAAACGACAGA